GGCCAGUCUCACAAGAUAGUCUUUGUGAGACGCUACUUCAACCGUGUCUGCAUUCGCGAUAUUCGCAUCGAGUAGAUGCGAAUCGCGUCCCCGCCGGGGUCGGUGACAGCUCCGCCUUGGCAACGUGAGCAACCCUGCAAGGUGUUUGGUUGUUCGUCGUUUUCAUUUCACAGGACGGACUCCCAGCUCUCCGUUUUGGUACACUCAACUAAUCAACCGACGGCUCAAGCAAUCGUUGGCGGCGUUGUAUCCGAGGCUGCUGGGGCUUCUUCAUCUCGGAGUUCCAAGAAGAUGCCGACAACUGCUGGAGGCGGCACUCCAUUCUUUCCUCGGAGGUGGAUAUUGUUUGCCUAUCUCGUUCUGGGAGUGAAUGCUGCGGUCUACCUCCGGCCGGCUGCUCGGCCUCUUCUCAAUCUCGUUGAUCAGAAUGGUCUCGAAAAUGAAAUCGAGCAGGUGCGUGUCUCGUUAGCAGGAGCGAACCACAUGAGAGUAAGCUGGAUUUCAUCGAGCUCCAAUUCUCCCUCUAGUGUGCAAUACGGAACAUCACCCGGCAAGUACGAGUCAAGUGCUACUGGAUCCAAACUCAAUUAUGGGUUCUUGCUCUACAAAUCCGGCACGAUUCACGGUGCAGUUCUUGGUCCUUUGGAAAACAAUACUGUCUACUACUACAAAUGUGGAGGAAUGGGGAAGGAAUUCAGUUUCAAGACACCGCCGGCUAACUUGCCCGUAACGUUCGCCGUAGUCGGAGACAUUGGACAAACGGGAUGGACAGUUACUACUCUAGAACACGUACAGAAAAGCAGCUACGAUGUGCUAUUGUUUGCUGGAGACUUGUCGUACGCGGAUUAUUACCAGCCACGGUGGGAUUCUUUCGGCAGGCUUGUGGAACCCUCGGCAAGCUCGAGGCCCUGGAUGGUGACGGAAGGAAACCACGAGAUUGAAAGGAUUCCUCUCAUCAGUUCGUUUAGAGCUUACAACACUCGCUGGAGAAUGCCUUACGAAGAGAGCGGGUCUGAUUCGAAUCUCUACUAUUCGUUCGACGUUGCUGGAGCUCACGUGCUGAUGCUGGGAUCAUAUGCCGACUUCGGACAACGCUCGCCUCAGUAUAAGUGGCUACAGGCAGAUCUUGCAAAGAUUGAUCGCAAAAGAACCCCUUGGCUCAUUGCUGUUCUACAUGCUCCGUGGUACAACAGCAACGAGGCGCACCGAAACGAAGGCGACGACAUGAUGAAAGCGAUGGAGCCUCUUCUGCAAGCAGCAGGGACGGACCUUUUAUUCGCAGGCCAUGUCCAUGCAUACGAACGAUGGGACCGGAUGUUCCAAGGAAAGAAAGACGACUGCGGCAUUGUUCACAUAACAAUUGGAGAUGGUGGCAACCGUGAAGGCCUCGCAACCAAGUUCCUUGAUCCCAAGCCUGAGAAUUCUCUCUUUCGUGAAGCCAGCUUUGGACACGGCCAGUUCAAGCUCGUGAAUUCCACUCACGCUCACUGGAGCUGGCACAGGAAUGACGACGAUCAAGCAAAAAUCGCGGACGAGCUGUGGAUCCAAUCCUUGAGCUCAACCGGAUGCUCUCUGCCCAGCAAAAAGAUGCGAUGAUAGCCAUGUAGAAACCUUUGUCAUGUAGAAAACUCUUUAAUAUGAUUAACAUGAUUCUUUUA